CCUCUCACAUCAUGCUCACAUCAACGUUCUCGAUCCAAGAAACCACAAUCCAAGACAUAAGACUUGCUUUCAACGAGAAACGACUUACAUCAAAGCAGCUCGUCGAGUUCUACCUCGAAGAGAUCUCCAAACUCAACCCGAUACUCUGCGCAGUCAUCGAGACGAAUCCAGACGCUUUGAUCCAAGGAGAACGCGAACUGAAAGAGGUUACCACUGAGCUUCCUUUCUUGCACGGUGUUCCGAUUCUCCUCAAGGAUUUAAUCUCCACCAAGGACAAGCUUAGCACCACGGCUGGCUCCUUGGCCUUGCUCGGUUCCGUCGUGAGACGAGACGCGGGUGUUGUCAAGAGACUGAGAGAGUCAGGUGCUGUGAUCUUGGGCAAGGCGAGCUUAAGCGAAUGGGCUCAUUUCAGAUCUUUCGAUAUCCCAAGUGGUUGGAGCGCACGUGGUCUCCAAGGAAAGAAUCCGUACGUUUUAACAGCAGAUCCGUGUGGGUCAAGUAGUGGUUCAGCUAUAUCAGUGGCGGCUAAUCUUGUGGCUGUGUCACUCGGGACUGAAACCGAUGUCCUCUGUCCGGCAAAUCAGAACUCGGUGGUCGGGAUUAAACCUACCGUCGGGCUGACUAGCCGGGCUGGUGUUGUUCCUGUCUCCUUGAGACAGGACAGUGUAGGGCCUAUAUGCAGGACAGUUUCGGAUGCUGUUAUUGUCCUUGAUGCUAUUGUGGGUUAUGAUCCCUUGGACGAAGCCACGAAGACUGCAUCCGAGUUCAUACCCGAAGGCGGUUACAAGCAGUUUCUGACAGCUAGUGGCCUUAAGGGGAAGAGACUAGGGGUCGUUAUGAAGCAUUCUCUUCUUCAUCAUCCCAUUGAAAUGUUAAGACGAGAAGGCGCCACCGUCAUUGAAGUACUGUCGAUACAGAACAUUGAAGUCAUUAUGGACUGGACCAAGAGCGGAGCAAGGACAGCACUCUUGGCUGAGUUCAAGAUGUCUCUCAAUGCAUAUCUUAAAGAUCUUGUGAAAUCACCGGUCCGGUCCUUAGCAGAUGUUAUUGCUUACAACGAGAAAUUCGCUGAAGAGGAAAAGGUGGAAGAAUGGGGACAAGAGCUUUUUCUUGCAGCAGAAGCUACCAACGGAAUGGGUGAGACAGAGAAAGCAGCCUUGCAGAAAAUGGAAGAUCUUUCCAGGAACGGACUGGAGAAGCUGAUGAAAGAAAAGGAGUUAGAUGCAAUCGUCUCACUUGGUUCAAAGAUGAGCAAUGUCCUCGCCAUUGGAGGGUAUCCAGGAAUCAAUGUCCCCGCAGGAUAUGAUAGCGAAGGAGUUCCAUUCGGAAUAACCUUUGGAGGAUUAAGAUUCUCAGAGCCAAAGCUCAUUGAGAUAGCAUAUGGCUUCGAACAAGCAACUUUGAUCAGGAAGCCACCCAAGUUCAAAGCUCAAGGCACGCAACGAAAACAAAGUUGCUGUUUUCUAUAAAGAUUAUAUCUUU